AUGGUGCUGUACAUACACGCUCAGCUUGAGGAGGUUGCUGAACAAGACCUGAUAGGGACGGUAGAGAUUCAAGAGGGACUAGGGACCAUAUUCGCCCGCGAAGCGUCCAAACUCGAGCAAGAACAUGACCAUUCCGUCAGUAAACCUAUUAUGGUCGGCGGAAACAACGCAAGUCAAGCCGCCUCUCCGCGAUCAGAAUCGUAUGGCCCUGGAGUUCUGCAAAUGGUUGUAGACAAUGUUCUUAGUGGCUCACCUGCGUCCGUCAACACAAAACAUUUUGUAAAUGCCGCAGAGGAACGAUGUGUCGAUGCGUUUUGUGGAGCGCAGAUUACUCCUUACCUAGUACAAGGUGGUCAUGUUAUCGGUGGUACAACCACUCUUCCCAUGCAGUCGAAGAACUCCGGCACUGGUGGUUACGGCUAUGGCUCCUGGAGUACGGUAUAUCCAACGAGUCACGCACUCACAACACCAUCCAACAUUGAAAACUCGCAAAAUGGUGAGUCACUCAGAUAA